AUGACGCAAAAGACUUCAAACAAGGUCACGAGUGGGAUCCCGCCACGACAUCCAGACAGAACCAACAAGCCGAUAUCAACAACUCAGAGCGCUUCGAAGGAGAUGACAGGGAAGAAGCCAACGCCCCAUCUCAAGCAGACUCAAGCCGCCCAGAAAGGAUUUCAGGCGACGCCUCCCACCAUGACAGCUCAGCACGUUCCGGAGGGCCAACCUCCCAAGUCUGUUGCGCGCCAUCCUGACUCGGCAACUCCUGCCCUCAAGAACACUCCGGCGGCACAAAAGGAUCGCUUGAGAUCCGCUAUUGAUACCGGCAGGCCUAAAGCAUCCGCCGACGACAAGCGAGCUACGGGCCAGAGUCAAACAGGGCCGAAAGCCCCAAACAAUAAAGUCAGCGGCAUUAAACCAACUAAAGCAAUCCUGAAGAGAGAGUCUGGUCGGGCAGGGUCGAGUGAGCGCAAAGGGUCCAGAGUUUCAGGGAAGGAGAAGAAGACCUCUAGAUUGGGAGGUCCAAAGCCUCAAAAGCCUCCACCCAAAGGGAACAAAUCCAACGGUUUGUCUUCGACUCCUGGCAAGCACGGAGGAAACAGCAGCCACAUCACCAACAACAGCUCCGUGACAAACUCAACGACUAACACCACCAUUCAUAUCAUCGGUGGAAACUCCGACAAUUCGGAAGCGGAGCGCAAUACCACGAGCGAUGACCUGUCUGGAGACGAGACUGAUGGAAGUGGCGACUUCCCUGAGGCCAUUGGUUUAGUUCAACCGGGCAAUAUCCUACGGGACAAUCAGAGUCGGAAAGUCUCUCCAACAACAAUGGAGAGCCUGAUCAACAGCUUGAGACUGCGUCUCAUUCAUCAUCUCCAGCAUCUCAGAUUGGUGGUCAAAUAUCAAAUUUCCCUGGUCAGCAAGCCCAGGUCCAGAUCCAUGGUCAUGGGGUUCAGUCGGAGACCGGCAUAG